ACCUCUGCCUCCACUUCUUCCUCCCUUCUCCCCUGCAUCCUUCAAUCUUGUUGUAUCACUUUCUCUCUCUGCAGCUCUCACUCCUCUACCAUUGCCCUUCCUCUUCGUCCCAUUACUUUCUCUCUCUAACAUUCCUCUGUUGAACUUGUUUUUCUAGAUCAAAAUGGAUUACGAGAACCGCUUCAAACAAGCUCAGAGCCCAAAGUAUGAUUGUCUUCUGUUUGAUUUAGACGAUACUCUUUAUCCCCUUAGUUCUGGUCUGGCAACUGUAUGCAGCAAGAAUAUUAAAGAUUAUAUGGUUGAAAAGCUUGGCAUAGACGAGAGCAAAAUCACCGAAUUGGGUAACCUACUGUACAAAAAUUAUGGUACAACAAUGGCAGGUCUUAGGGCAAUUGGCUAUGACUUCGACUAUGAUGAAUAUCACAGUUUUGUUCAUGGGAGAUUGCCUUAUCAGAAUCUAAAACCGGACCCUGUUUUAAGAAGCCUGUUGCUAAGCUUGCCUAUUCGGAAAGUUAUCUUCACAAAUGCAGACAAGAUUCAUGCCAUUAAAGCUCUUAGUAGACUAGGGUUGGGAGACUGUUUUGAAGGGAUUAUCUGCUUUGAGACACUGAAUCCCAUUCAUAAGAGCACCAUAUCGGAUGAUGAGGAUGAUGUUGAGUUCAUGGGCUCUCCACCAUCUACUGCUACAAAUAGCACUGAAAUAUUUGACAUUAUUGGACAUUUUUCUCAACCUAAUCCAGGGUCGGUUUUACCAAAGACACCAAUUGUGUGCAAACCAUCAGAAGAUGCCAUUGAACAGGCUCUCAAAAUGGCCAACAUCAACCCUCACAAAGCACUAUUUUUUGAUGACAGUGUCCGCAACAUACAAGCUGGAAAGCGUGUUGGUCUCCACACAGUGCUGGUUGGGACUUCUCAAAGAACUAAAGGCGCAGACUACGCAUUAGAAAGCAUCCACAAUUUCCGGGAAGCGUUACCAGAGCUUUGGGAGGCUGACAAGAUGUCUGAAGUUGGCUACACAGGCAAGGUUGUUGUGGAGACAUCUGUAACAGCUUAGAUUCAUGUCAUACUCAUUGUUAUGAUGAAAGAAACCAUGUUUAUGGUAUCUAAUCAUCCCAAUUUCAUGUCUUAUUAAAUGAUGUAGAUGUUUCGCUGUGAAUCAAUAAAUUAUAAUUUAUCUGGCAACAA